AUAAAACCAGUUUUUCAAAUGAUGCAGAUUGUAGCAGAAAUGGCAUGGCAGAAACCAACUUCUCAUGAACAAUCAGAAUCUGGCACAGUUAAUCUUAGCGAUAUUGUGAAUGUUUCAAUGCUUGCUGAUAAUAAAAAUGACAAUGAGGAUGAAGAGCUUGAAGAAAAUGAGGAACUUGAUGAAAAUGAAGAGCUUGAAGAAAUAAGCAUAGAUACUUUGAAUACUGCUAAUAGACUUGAUUGCUAUCUGGCUGAUUAUAAAAAUUUAAAAAUUAAACUACAAUACCUUUUUUUGCAUAUUUUAACCCAACCAUCGUUCGUUCGAAUUAUUGAACAAGACAUUGAAAAUGUCGAAGCAAUACAAUAG